AUGCAGACCUCCUACCGCUUGAGCGGAUCUCCCUGCUUUAGCGGCAGCAGCAGCUGCUCCACUUGCAGCAGAUGCCCCGUAGUAGAGGAAGACCCUAUCUUCUAUGAACGUGAAACAAUCCACCGAUCCCUUGGAGAGGAGGAUGGACCCUUCAUGAUGGGGAGAAGCCCCUACGGAAACCCUUAUGGAACCCCCUACCCCCCCAUGAUGGGCAGCCCCUACGGCAGCACCCCCAUGAACGCUCAGGGGUUCAACAACAGCGGCAGCAACUACCCCAGCUACAACUACUAUUCUCGCCCUCGUUACAGCCCCACAGGAGCAGCAACCCCUUACUAUAAUCAACAGGGUAGCAGCAACGCCCCCAUGACCCGCAUGGGCAGCCUCGGCUCUCCCUAUGGAUACACCGUCUCCCCUAACAGCGGCUAUCAGCCAGGAGCAAACGUCUUUCGUAACCUCGGUGUAUUCGAUGAACCUGAGAUGAUGGAGGAACCCUGGAUGCCCUUCUUUCCUCCUGAAAGAAUAUUCUUCUAA